AUGGAUUACAUGAAACUGGGGCUUAAGUCCCGUAAAACUGGUAUUGACGUUAAACAAGAUAUACCUAAAGAUGAGUACAGCAUGGAGAAUAUUGAUGAUUUUUUCAAAGAUGACGAAACUAGUCUUACCAGUAUGAGGAGGAAAAGCAGAAGAAAAUCAUCACUGUUCUUGCCCUCAUCAUUCAACGGUAACAAUAAUAACAUACUACCACCAUUUUUACAAUCAUAUAAAUCUCAAGAAAAUGAAAUUGUUCAAAGUCCAAUUAAAAAUAACGACGCUUCAAGACGUUCAUCUUUGUUGAGCCAUCAAUCAAACUUUCAAAGUCCAGUCAAUGAUUUUGAACCUAUUGAGGAGGAACCAGGAGAAGAAGAAAAAGGUAACAGAAGCGGUGAUUUUACGACACCAACAACACAGAAGUUGAAUAAACCCAAUUUCAAAAGGAAGUAUUCCACCCAUUACAACCUUGAUAUUUCUGAGAGUCCGUCUGUUAGGUUGACGCCUGAUAGACUCACCAAUAGAAUUGUUUAUUCGGAUGUACCUGAUUUAAUUGCCGAUGAGGAUGAUGACGAUAGAGGAAAUACGUCUUUAAACACAUCUGAUAAUGCACUAUUAGAAGAUGAGUUAGAGGAUGACGGGUUUGUACCUGAAAGUGAAGAAGAUGGUGAUUACAUUGAAAGUGACUCGUCUUUGGAUUCUGGGUCAGAAUCACCUAGUGAUAUAGAUGGUGAUGAUACAUAUCCAGGCGUAGAAGAAGAGGCUCAAGGGGACGCACACGACAAUGAGGAUGAAUAUAUAAGACAACAGGCGAAUGAUGUGGUUAGAACAGAUUCGAUAAUAGAUAGAGGUGGACUGCGAAAAUCUACAAGAGUAAAGGUUGCACCUUUGCAAUAUUGGAGAAACGAAAAAAUAGUAUAUAAGAGAAAGUCUAACAAACCCGUUCUCGAUAUAGACAAAAUUGUCACAUAUGAAGAAUCUGAAGACGAAGAGGAGAUAUUGGCUGCUCAAAGAAAGAAAAGACAAAGAAAAAAACCUACACCAACUAGACCGUACAAUUAUGUGCCUACAGGAAGACCAAGAGGUAGACCAAAGAAAAAUUCCAAUACGAAAGAGUAUCUGAUUCCAGAAGACCCUAAUGAGGAGGUUAUCGAAAAGAUAGAAUCUGGAGAUAUUGAAAAUGGUGAAUGGCUGAAACACGGAAUAUUGGAGGCCAAUGUGAGAACCAGCGAGAAGAAAGAAGAGACCAAGGAUGAAAUUAUUGCGUUUGCACCUAAUUUAUCACAAGCAGAACAGGUGAAAGAUACAAAGGAUGAGAACUUCGCACUUGAGAUCCUGUUUGAUAAGCAUAAGGAAUUCUUCGCCAGCGGGAUGUUAAAAUUACCAGCUAUCUCUGGGCAAAAGAAACUAAGUAACUCAUUUAGGACUUAUAUUACGUUCCAUGUGAUACAAGGGAUAGUUGAAGUGACUGUAUGUAAAAACAAGUUCUUGGGUGUAAAAGGCUCUACGUUCCAAAUACCAGCAUUUAAUGAAUAUGCAAUUUCCAAUAGGGGGAAUGACGAGGCUAAAAUGUUCUUUGUGCAAGUUACCGUUUCACAAGACGCUAAUGAUGAUAACGAUAAAGAGUUGGAUACUACGUUUGAUACUUUUGGAUAA